CCGCUGCCAACAUCCGCUCUGACUCCAUCUUACAGCUGAUCACAACAAGUCCUGGGUGCAAAUGGGGCGUUGAACCCGUGAUUUGACACGGGUGUUGAAGUAAGGUAUUACCAGUUGCUACUUGGUUCUGCGUGAUGCAAAGGGUUUGCUUGGUGAGACCCAGAUAUCAUCAUCUCUCUUAAAACUGAACAAAAAUGAUCAGCCUAUAGGAUAUGGCAUCUCAAUCAGUUUCAUCUCCUUGGCCAUAUUAAUACUGGAUUUUCUUGGGAUACAUUUUCUGUUUCCAAAGGCCAUUGUGCUCUUACCAUAUUGUGUGAAAACUUGACAACCUGCUUGAAAGCAGUGUUUAACCAAGAUUUCGUAAGAAGUGCAUUGAUUAUUAUGAAACAUGGACCCCAAUACAGUUGACAGUCCAGUGACCUUGGUCAUUAAGGCUCCAAACCAAAAAUAUGAUGAUCAGACUAUAAACUGUUUUCUAAACUGGACUGUGGAAAAACUGAAAUCACACCUUUCUAAAGUUUACCCAAGUAAACCGUUAUCCAAGGAUCAAAGGCUAGUAUACUCUGGAAAGCUUCUUCCAGACCAUCUUCAGCUAAGAGAUGUUUUGAGAAAGCAAGAUGAGUAUCACAUGGUACACUUAGUAUGUGCCUCACGGACUCCACCUGGAUCACCAAGACCUGGCAUGAGCAAAAGCAGGAGCUCACCUGAAUCACUGGGAACAACAACUUUGGACAACUCAGGAACAUCUGCAAGUCCAGAAACAACAUCUGAGUCUGCAGGUUCAAGUAUGGAGAGUUUAAGACAUCGGAGCCAGCAAUUGCAAGUUAGCCCUGAGCAGAGUCGUGCUCCCCCGUAUUUUAUGCAAGGCCUUGCUAAUCAGCUCCCUGUACAACCUGGACUUUCAGUUGGGUUUCCCAUCUACCCAGCAUACAACCCAGUGCAGAUUCUUUGGUGGCAACAAAUAUAUGCACGACAUUAUUAUAUGCAGUAUCAAGCUGCUACUGCAUCAUCACAUGCACCUACAUCGAUACUGCCUGCCCCUCCAGUGGCUUCACAGUCUGUAGCUCCUCCUCCUCCUCCUCCACCACCAGCACAGAACGAACCCCCAGUUCUUCCAAAUGCUGCUAUUCCAGAGAACAGACCCGUCAACCAGAAUAUCCAAAUGAAUGCUCAAGGUGGGCCAGUGAUCAACGAUGAUGACUUGAACCGGGACUGGCUGGACUGGAUGUAUACAUUCUCUCGAGCUGCCAUUCUGCUGAGCAUAGUCUACUUCUAUUCCUCCUUCAGUCGCUUCAUUAUGGUGAUGGGAGCCAUGCUGCUUGUUUACUUGCACCAAGCAGGCUGGUUUCCAUUCAGGCAAGAUGUACAGAAUCCAGGUGGUGAUCUUAAUGCCGAGGAGCAGGGAGCAGAGCCACAACAGGACAUGCAGGAAAUGGAACGUCUAAUGGAUGAAGGCUUGGAAGAAGACAGAGGGAAUGAUGGGCUUCAAGAGGCUAAUGCAGCUCAGAACCCUGGUCUCCUAGCCUUGGCCUGGUCUUUUAUUACAACAUUUUUUACAUCACUCAUUCCUGAAGGACCACCAAAUGCUGCCAACUAGACCAUAAUGCAGGACUCCCUUGGCCUGUGAUUUGUUUAGCAAUGCAUUUAAAUGCACUUCCUUUUCAAAGGCACGUUAUGUAUGAUUAUAUAUUUCAUUUGAAGAACGGUUCAUCUAAAUUUAAGCUCCACUUAUGUUCGUCAAGUUUCUUAAUCAUGAUACGUAAUGUAUUUCAAAGAAAUAACAGACGUUGUCUUCCAUUCAAGCUUUGGAAAUGGCAUACAGUAUGUUGUCUCCUGUUUUAAAGGGGGAGAGACUACAGUAUAUGUCUAGUUAACCAAGUACCUAGUCAUACAACUUCAUUUUGAAAGUUUUCUUGUAACAAGAGUAAUCUUUUUUUGUAUAUGUGUCCAACAAUAAAGAAACUAUAACUUUGAGGAUGAUGAUGAGGCAA